CUGUAAGCACAGACGUAGAGUGGUUCGAGAACGGGACGAGGGAAGACUGCUUAAGGAAGAGGGGACAUGAUAACAAAUAUUAAUGCAUCAAUUAUGACAUUGAUAAUAACGACGAGCUUGCCAGGGCUUGGCACUAAAUUAUCGUUACGCACAAUACAGGAUUUGUUUUUGGUGUGCGUUUCUCUUUUAGAAAAAGUAGACUCCUAAGCAGGUUUGUACAACUCUUCUUGUUGCGAACUAGGUGGAUAUCAAGUUCUUUUUUGAAAAUACAUACGUAUACAAUUGAGACAUUGUAUGUCACCAUCGGGUAAGACAGCAAAUAUGGAUACAGUUGCGCAAACGGGUGCGGGAUUUGUUGACAGAACGCAUAGAAGUUUUGGCCAGACACCGUUAUUCGUGCUCAUGGUUUAGGGCGAAUUGGUAAACUUUGAAACUUGUCGUAAAGCACGGGAUUCUCAGGACUAAAUGCGCCUUUCCUGCUAUUCUUCUCCUCUUCUCAGCGCUUCCUGCUUAUGGUGGCCACCUCACUUCAUGGCUAAAAAUGCAGAACUCAAAAUGGACAACUAAACGGAGUUGAACUCUUCCGUUGGGUUAUUAUUGUCCAAUGUUCUGGAUAUUCUACAACCACCUGAUGCUCAUUUUGGUAUGAUGUGAUCCAUCCAGUGUUCUACACGGUCGUGGUUUUGCUAUAGUUGAAUAAGUUCUCCUAUAUUUCAUAUCUCAAGAAGCAGCACCUAAUCAUUGGUCAAUAUGUGACCAUUUUUGGUAUAGUAAUAGAGUAAUUGAGUGAGCUAUGUGCUCAAACCACGCAUUGAGAAACCACACCACAACAGUUGAGUAGAAACUUGCUUUAUGGAGACAAUUCUGCCUUUUUACCCAUCGGCACACUUGGUAGGACUGGUCACAUCCAUGGCCUUUGUUUGAUUGUUGCCAGCUCUAAUGGAAACAUAUGCAGUCCAUGUCAGGUUGCAGGAGAGACAUUUUUUAUCCUGUUGUCUUUGAACACGGUUGUGUUCCUGUUGGCCAGGCCUUUGAACAAAUUUCAUUGGUCCCUGAUGAGCCAACUAGACACAGACAAACGGGAGAGAGGCGCAAUAAAGUACAUUAUUGUACUUUAUUUUCAAAACCAUACAGAAUCAAACCCAGUGUCUGAACAUCUGUUCAUUGUGGCUCCAUGGAGCCACUGAAGAACAUUUUUACCCGUGGCCCACUGUCGAACUGGAAAGGUCUGGAUCGAUCACAAAAAGGGAACUUCACCAAUCCCGUGUGGACGGCUUUAUUCGACUAUGAGGCGUCCGGUAAAGACGAGCUCACCCUCCACAAAGGUGACCUGGUGGAAGUUCUGUCACUGGACUCUGAGAUAUCCGGUGACGAGGGCUGGUGGGCAGGCAAGGUCAACAACAAAGUGGGAAUCUUUCCCUCGAACUAUGUCUCCUUCAAGCCUCCUUCAUAUGGGAAACUGCAGGGCAAUGGAGUUGGCGUGGUUGGGGAGCUUGGGCCAGCCGUAGUGGGGGUGGGGGAGUUCGAACCCGAGGCCGUGGAUUUCACGGAACUGAGCCUCGAGGAGGUCAUUGGAGUCGGCGGCUUCGGCAAGGUGUAUCGCGGGACAUGGAGAGGUGGGCUGGAGGUCGCCGUGAAGGCGGCCCGCCAGGACCCAGACGAGGACAUCAGCGUGACGGCCCAGAACGUGCGCCAGGAGGCCCGGCUGUUUGCCAUGCUCACUCACCGCAACAUCAUCGCCCUCAAAGGGGUUUGCUUACAGGAACCCAACUUGUGCCUCAUCAUGGAGUAUGCGUCCGGUGGCCCGCUGAGCCGUGCUCUGGCUGGGCGCCGCAUCCCGCCGCACGUCUUGGUCAACUGGGCAGUACAGAUUGCUAGAGGGAUGCUCUACCUGCACACAGAGGCCAUCGUUCCUGUCAUCCAUCGUGACCUCAAGUCUAACAACAUCCUCCUGGCCCAGCCUAUGGAGAAUGAUUGUAUGGAAGGAAUAACUCUGAAGAUCACAGACUUUGGCCUGGCACGGGAGUGGCACAAGACCACCAAGAUGAGCACAGCGGGCACCUACGCCUGGAUGGCACCGGAGGUCAUCAAGUCCUCCACCUUUUCCAAGGGCAGUGACGUCUGGAGCUACGGUGUUCUAUUGUGGGAGUUGCUGACAGGGGAGGUUCCCUACAGAGGGAUAGAUGGUCUGGCAGUGGCCUACGGAGUGGCUGUUAACAAACUCACCCUCCCCAUCCCCUCCACCUGCCCAGAACCCUUCGCCCAGCUCAUGGCAGAGUGCUGGGAUCAGGACCCACACCUCAGGCCCAACUUUGCCUCCAUCUUGGUUCAGCUAACUGCUCUUGAGAGGCAGGUGGUGGAGGAGAUGCCUCAGGACUCCUUUCAUUCCCUGCAGGAGGACUGGAAACUGGAGAUCCAGGACAUGUUUGAUGAGCUCAGAGCCAAGGAGAAGGAGCUGCGUUGUCGCGAGGAGGAGCUGAAGCGGGCGGCAGUGGAGCAGAAGUCUCACGAGGAGUUCCUGAGGCAGAGGGAGCAGCAGCUGGCCCAGUGGGAACAGGAUGUGUUUGAGAGGGAGCUCAGUCUCCUCAUCCUGCACAUGAACAACCAGGAGAAGCCUAACGUCAAGAAGAGGAAGGGAACCUUCAAGAAGCACAAGUUGAAGGGCAGCAAGAAUGGAGAGAAGAUCAGCAUGCCUCAAGACUUUAUCCAUAAGAUCACUGUCCAGGCGUCCCCGGGGCUGGAGAAGAGACGCAACUCUCCCGAUCUGGGCACCGGCACCUCUCCCUCUUUCGGCCCACGCUUCCGAGCAAUCCAACUCAGCCCUAGUGAGAACAACAGGGCAUUUGGUCUGAGCUCCAUGUGGCCCCUAGAGGCCCCUCCACACAACAAGCAGGCCAACGGGGACCGGCUGGGCCCCCACUGGAGGCCGCAGAGCCCUAAGAGCCCCAAAGUCCUGCGCCUCAGCCCACAGGAGAGCAGUCUUUCAAUGAGAGCCAAGCUUCUGGACAUGGACAGCAAUGAGAACGGAGAAUCCAAGGAUGACUUUGAGGAGUACAGACCCUCCACGCCUGUCCAAAACGGCUCCUCGGUGAAGGAGCCCCCAAGGCCUACUCUACCUCAGGGGGACUCGGGCAUUGAGGAGGGGCUGGAGGGGGGCUCCCCCAGGCCUGAGCACCGCUCCCUGGGAGGCUUGCUGAGGAGCACCCACCGGGCCCUACUGGGCGGCGGCUCCCUCCUGGCCUCUGUGGCACUGGGACGACACCUGGAGGUGCCUCACAUCCCCCCCAGGGUUCCCCCCCGGACUAACCCCCCACCCCUGGACCACCACCACCUUCUGCAGGAGGUCCCCAUCACGGCCCUCAAAAUCCCCUCCUCCUCGGACCCCCCGGUGGUGGAUGACCUUAUAACCUUCUCCAGCUUGGAGCACCUCCCCCGGCCCCUCUUUGACUUCCCCUGCGCCCUGCACGCUCCUGGGGUGAAGCCCCUGCCCCUCACGCCACCUCCGCCUCACCCCCGGGAGAGGGCCUGCCACAGGCACGCCCAGACCUCUCAAAGCCCCCGGAGCCCCCAUUACCAGGUCCAGGGGCAGGCUAGCCCAGCAGAGUUGGCCCCGUCCCCCCACCACACCAACGGGGAGGCAGGCUGUGAUGCCUGGGGCCAGGGGUCAGACAGGAGGAGGAGGUCCAGCCAAGGCCUGCUCUCUGCCUCUCAACUAGGCCUGGACCUCCCCAUGUGCCAGGACAGUCUGGAGUCGGAAGACAAUCCCUUGGCGGUCCCCUUCUCCCUUUUCCCUGACCCUUGCCUCUGGAGCCCCAAAACACGUCGCCUGGAGGUCAACGUCAUCCCCCGCCCGCGCCCCUCCCCCAUCCGACCCCGCAUUGACCCCUGGAGCUUCAUCUCUGCUGGGGGCGGUGGCGGAGCGUUCGGUGGCGCCCGCAGCCCCCGGCGGUCAGAAAGCCACCCAUUGGGGUACCAGCCCUCGCCCACCAACCCCUUCACAAACUGUGACCCCUUCCCCUCCCCGGACUGCGACCCAUUCUCCCUGAGAGCCGACCCAUUGUCAGGCAUUGCGCCCGACACGCCCUCGCCCUUUGACCCCUUCUCGCCACCGUUCCCCACCUCCCGCUCGGCGCCCUGCUCCACCAAUGGGUCCCCAACCUUGCCAACGUUCCGGGUGGCGCCCCUGAACCCGGCCGACUCGCCGCUUAUCGACCUGGGCUGGGCGGCGGUGGUCGGGGUCAAGUCCCUGGAGGUCACCAAAGAGAAGACGCGACCCGGGAGGACUCUGGGACUCAAGCCCUUCAAGUCCCCCACGCAACCCAGAGACGAUCGCUUCUAAACUAAACCUCCAACCCUGACCUUUCCUUUCUCAUAGCACAGAGUUUAUACAAGCGUUUUUUUUUUUAGGAAUGCGGCCCCCAGCACCCUAAAUAGACAGAUACAGGUUGUAUAUGUUCUGUGUUAGGAAUGAGGAGGAUUUGGAGUCCUAUUCAAAACAAAAAUGCACAUGACACUCAUGCCUGCCCCUCUUUAGGGGAAUUGUGGGAAAUGUGGUGCCCAAACAGUGGAGUGGUUUCGUGUUGCCUUAGAAACCAACAAGGAAGCUAAGCCUGACUGCCAUCUAGCUCAGUGACAAUGGAUUGUGGGAGUGGAUUUCUGUGCACAACAAACCAACGUCUGAUGCCCAUUUUAUUCCAGAGGAUUUCUCGCUCUCCCUUUCUCUCUCAUAUAUAUUUUGGAGAGUCAGAUCGGUGGGCUUCUCCAGACUCAAUCAGAAGUCCCUCUAUCGCUUCCACUCCUCUCUCUUACUAUUUUUUGAAGUGUGUGGACAAUAUGAAGCUGGAAACAGCAGCUUGCUUUAUCUGUAGCUCUGAAAGCAUUCAGGGCCUUGGACAUUUAGAGUGCAAUUUGCUUUAUGAAGCAUUUUAAAAGGUUUCUGGUCUUGAGUGGUGAACCUACUUCAGAACCUAUUUUCAAUGAUUUGUCUUAAAUGUGCAAAGGACUAGGAGCUAAGUGAAGCUAGGUGCAAGAUAUGACGAUGAUUCUGGUCUUACCCUCGACAAACAAAAAAAAGUCUCAAGCAUGUUUGUCUCUCUCUUUGCAAUAAACAACAUGUGAUGGGUCAAUGUGAGAGAGUACUCCAAGUAUGGCUACAGAGGUGCCAUAUCAUCCAAUCGAAGUUCCUUAGAAAUUCUCUGGAUAUUAAAGCCAAACAAACCCAGGACCCAGGCAUUACACUAGGAAAAAGAUAACAUUCCAAUAGCAUUCUGACCACAUUCCCAAAAUUCAACUGAUUUAUUUGGCAGGUCAGCCGGCGACAAAGCCUGGGGAGACUAGAGGCGCCUCACAGCACAUUCCGUUCAUGUGGCAAAGAAUGUGACUGCUUCAGCCCACAGCAUUAUACAUGUUUGCCCCUACAGUAUGGCAGAGUGGUAGGGUGCAUAACUCUAGCCCCUCCCCCAUUUGUCCAGAAUUAUCUACCCGGAUUGGUUCUGUCCGACAUGGGAAUACUGUUAAAUCUUGAUUGGAUGAAAUCCUGGAAGUAGCAACUUAAAGAGGAUCACUGACUAUUACACUCAUUUCUUAGUGACUAAUUGGCAUGUUAGAAGGGAAGCUACAGUAUAAUAGCCUGCAAACAAAUUUGGUUAAGAUAUCCUCUCACAAAAAAAAACGUGCCGUUAGAAUCCAAUGGCUGUUUCGUUCUAGGGGAAGAGAGUUUACCCAAGUGGCAAGCUUUGUAAUUAGUCUUAAUGACUGUGCUGACGAACGAGUGAUAAUAUUAAUUAGGAUUGUGAUAAGGACAGGGUUAAUUUAUUAACAUGGAGAUAUUUGCCUAAUUGAUACAUUUCCCCCAACAUAAAGUUUAGACUAAAUGAGUCAGGAUCUUAAAGUGGAUUUAAGCAGUGCUGUUCGUUUUAUCGCAUCCAUGGCAGGAGGCCCCUUUAAUGCGAUUCCAGAUGAUACAGAAGUUCUCGCCUUUAGAGCACUGCCUCAUAAGGGCUUGGAAUUUUUCCUGACCAAUGGACGUGACCAGGGGCCCAGAGUUCUUGGUUCCUGGUCAGGUCACGUGACCAGGGGCCCAGAGUUCUUCCUUCCUGGUCAGGUCAGAUGGUCAGCAGAGACUCCUAGCCUUACCCACCACUUAUAUCCCACUUCUUCUCAGGUCAGGCAAACUCCUCCUCUCUUGAUCCAAAGAGAUUGGGUCCGUUUUCGCUUCACGCCAUUGACUACUGACUGGACUGCAUCUCAACCUAUAAGGUGCCUCCCCUCUCUACCUCUUCCCCUAUGUGAUGUGCACAUAACUACUUAGAGACAUAUCAUCUUUGAUCUUUGUCAUCGUUCUUAUUGAGAUUUGUUUAAGAGGCAGGUGUGGCCUGAGACUACAGCAUAUGUCAAUCCCAAAUCGGUCUGUCAUCAUUUCAUAUCCGAUAAAGAACAAAGUGAGCAUUCACUCCAGUCGAAGAUGCAUGUACAAUGGAAUUUCAAUUGUGCUUGAGUGGAAAUAAACAGCUAGCAGUGUCAA